CCCUCGGCUACCCCGGGACCGAAGCUGUUGUUGAGCCGGACCUUUGGUCUCCUUUACGUGAGAAGGCAAGAUGGAGAAGGACAAACAGGAAUAUCCCAAGCACUCCAGAAAUCCAGAUAUUGAUGAUGAUGUUAAUUCUCAACUUGACAAGUCCAAGAUGUAUCCAGUGAUUAAAACCCGUGGGUUUUAUUCUGACGUUCUUACUCCUGGGACUUUAGAUAUCUUAGGUGAUGUUUGUACCGGUGCCAUUGUGCACAAGGACCUCCUCCGACAGGCAGACCUUGAUGAAUUCACCCCAAAUGUUACGACCUUCGAGAUUCCUGAAGAUUUUGAACAACACUUAACCCAGCAAAGGAUCGGGCCCACCACUGAAAUCUUGGUGAAAUCAGAUUUUCCUCUCAAGGCUUAUGAGCCCAAAGUUCAGGUGCCCUUCCACACCCUUCCUGGCCAUUGCCCAAGGAAGACUGAGAUAGAGAGGAGGAGGCGGCAGUACUUAAAUCUAGAUAUAAACAAGCUCUUAACUGCAGAAGGUAUAGACUCAAAUUUGCUAAUGCCCAGACACCCAGAUCCCAAGAACAUGCAGCCCAUUGAGCAGAAGAAUGACCCUCUCUUCCCUAUCUAUCUUCCACUGCAGGUGUUUGAUGAUGAGGAGUUUGAUUGCCGAAGCCCUGAGGAGUGGCUAGCAUUGGGUCUGGAGCCAGGGUGUGAAGACAGAAAACCAGUUCCCGGAAAAGCCCUUUUACCUGCAGAUGAUUUCCUGGGUCAUGAGGAUCCCAAGAGCCAUCGUCUGACUUACGCCUGGAGUCACGUUGGGGUUCUGGAUUAUGACAGCAAGAAGAAGUUAUAUUUGGUGCAUAAGACAGAUGAGAGGGGCCUGAUUCGGGAUGACCUGGGGAACCUCAUCCUGAAUGGAGGCAUGACUCCAGAAGGCAGAGCUCCCCUUCUGUCUUGUCAGUAUUGGGUACCCCGGAUCCAGUUGCUCUUCUGUGCAGAGGACCCGCGUGUGUUUGCAAAGCGUGUGGUCUCAGCCAGCCUCCUCCGAAAGAAGACAGAGGCGCUCCUGCUGUACAACCUGUAUGUGGACUGUAUGCCCACUGAGGGGCUGAGGAUCAUCAGCGAGCAGAGCCUCAACAUGAUCAAGCAGCGGACCAUGAGUACCCCCAGGAUGUGCAAAGGGAGCUUAGUCACGGAACAGCUGGCCGCUUUGGCCAAGGAGGCAAACCUGGACUAUGAGCGGACCAUGAACAAGAUCAAUUUUGACCGGAUUGUGGCCUCCAAACCAGAAACGUUUUUCUAUGUUACUUUACCAGAUAGAGUGGAGGAGAAAGUGCCCAAGCAAGGGCUCAUUGCUAUGCCUGAGUAUCCCUUCCUGGAACAGAAGGAGGCCUUCACUUUCGUGUCCCUGCUCACCCGGACAGAGGUCAUCCUGGCCCUCGGCAAAGUACGGGCUGAGUGUAACAAGGUGACUGCUAUGACCUUGUUCCACUACACCCUGUCCAAGUUUGGACGUUUGGAGGAAUUUGAACAGAUCCAGUCCCAGAUGUUUUCCCAGGUUCAGAUGUUCCUGAAGGACAGCUGGGUCAGCACUCUGAAGGUUGCAAUCAGGAGUAGCUUGAGGGAUAUGAGCAAAGGCUGGUAUAACCUCUAUGAGACUAACUGGGAAGUGUACCAGAUGUCCAAGCUUCAUAAACUGAUGGAACUCAUCAAGUACACCCUGCAGGACUCUAUCAGAUUCCUCGUCCAGGACUCUCUUGUCAACUUUACCCAGUUCAUCCUGGAUGCCUGCUGCAGCGUCUUAAACUGUUCUGAAGACAUGGUCUGGGGUCCUGAUCUCAUCAACAGUCCGUACAAGCCCCGAAAGAAUCCUCUUUUCAUAGUGGACCUGGUUCUGGACAACAAUGGGUCUCAUUACAGCACCCCCUUAGAGAAUUUUAUGACAUCUUUGCUGAAUCUUUUUGACAAGGGCAUUCUGGCAACUCAUUCCGUACCUCAACUGGAGAAGUUUGUGAUGGAAGAUAUUUUUGUCAGCGGUAUCCCUUUGCUGGAGUCUGUGGGGUUGCACGAGCCGCUAGUGGAGGACCUGCGUAAGUCUCUCUCCAAUGCCAUAGAGAAGGCAAUGAUACCUCUGUCUGCCUACGCCAAGGAGUUCAGGAAGCAUCUGGAUCUGAACAACAAAGAUAUUCGGACCUUCCUCAGCGAGUAUGACAAAGUGUGCCCUCCUGCUGCUGAAGUGAGGGAAGUAGUGAAGAGCUACCUUCAGGAAAAGGAGAUCCUGGAUAACUCUUUGCCCAGCAACAUCAUCAUUGGCCCCUUUUUCAUCAACGUGGAAAAUACAAAACAGAACCUCUCCAAGAAAUGCAAAGCCUUGGCCACCUCCAUGCUGGACAUCCUGGCAAAGAACCUGCACCAGGAAGUGGACAGUAUUUGUGAAGAGUUCCGGUCCGUUAGCCGGAAGAUUUACGAGAAGCCCAACAGCAUUGAGGAGUUGGCAGAGCUCCAGGAAUGGAUGAAGGGCAUCCCUGAAAUGCUGUUGGGGCUGGAGGAAAGGAUAGUGAAAGUCAUGGUUGAUUACCAGGUCAUGGAGGACUUCUUUUAUAAUCUUACUACAGAUGAUUUCAAUGACAAAUGGGCAGCAAGUAACUGGCCCCACAAGAUCCUUGGGCAGAUUGACUUAAUUCGGGAAAUGCACCGGGAGGAAGAAGAGAAGUUCCACAAGAUUCAGCUUAUGGAUCAGAACAACUUUUUGGAGAAGCUGGAUGGUCUUCAGUUGGUGGUGGCUGGAUUUUCCAUUUACACAGAAAUUGCACGUGCUCAUGAGAUAGCCAAUGAAGUGAGGAGGGUCAAGAAGCAGCUGAAGGAGUGCCAGCAGUUGGCCGUGCUUUAUAAUAAUCGAGAGCGGAUUUUUGGGAUGCCCAUCACCAACUACGAGAAACUUUACAAGAUGAUCAAGGAUUUCCAGCCGUACUAUGACCUGUGGACCACGGCUUCUGACUGGUUACGUAGUUCAGAAAGCUGGAUACAUGACCCUCUGACUUCCAUCGAUGCUGAGCAGCUGGAAAAGAAUGUGAUUGAGGCCUUCAAGACAAUGCACAAGUGUGUGAAGCAGUUCAGAGAUGUCCCAGCCUGCCAGGACGUAGCCGUCGAUAUCCAGAACAGAAUUGAGGAUUUCAAGCCCUACAUCCCGCUGAUCCAGGGCCUGCGGAACCCUGGCAUGCGGAACCGGCACUGGGAGAUGCUCUCUGAGGAGAUCAACAUCAACAUCAAGCCCAAGGCCAACCUCACCUUCGCUCGGUGUCUGGAAAUGAAUCUCCAAGAUCACAUCGAGGCCAUUGGCAAAGUCGCGGAGGUGGCUGGCAAAGAGUACGCCAUCGAACAGGCGCUGGAUAAAAUGGAGAAGGAAUGGGUGUCCAUUCUGUUUAAUGUGCUGCCCUACAAAAAAACGGAGACAUUUAUUCUGAAGAGCCCUGAUGAGGCUUCUCAGCUCCUUGAUGACCACAUCGUCAUGACCCAGAGCAUGUCUUUCUCACCGUACAAGAAACCAUUUGAGCAUAGAAUCAACACCUGGGAGACCAAGCUGAGACUAACCCAGGAGGUCCUUGAGGAGUGGCUCAACUGCCAGCGGUCUUGGUUGUAUCUAGAGCCCAUCUUCAGCUCUGAGGAUAUCACCAGACAGUUGCCAGUGGAAAGUAAGCGCUACCAGACGAUGGAGAGGCUCUGGAGGAAAAUCAUGAAGAAUGCCAACGAGAAUAGAGAGGUAAUUAAUGUAUGUGCUGAUCAAAGGCUACUAGACAGCCUUCGAGACUGUAACAAACUCUUAGACAUGGUUCAGAAAGGCCUGAGCGAGUAUCUGGAGACCAAGAGAGCUGCUUUCCCCAGAUUCUACUUCUUAUCUGAUGAUGAACUGCUGGAGAUCUUGUCCCAGACUAAAGACCCCACAGCUGUGCAGCCUCAUCUCCGGAAGUGCUUCGAGAACAUUGCUCAGCUGCUUUUCCAGGAAGACCUGAAGAUCACCCACAUGUACUCUGCCGAAGGGGAGGAGGUGGAGCUCUCCUUUUCCCUUUACCCCACUGGCAACGUGGAAGACUGGCUCCUGGAGGUGGAACAUAGCAUGAAGGCCAGUGUGCACGACUUCAUUGAACGGUCAAUCCAGGUCUACCCUCAGACCCCAAGGCCUCAGUGGGUCUUGAGUUGGCCAGGCCAGGUGACCAUUGCUGGCUGUCAGACUUUUUGGACAAAGGAGGUGUCAGAGGCCCUGGAGGCCGGAGACUUAGAGAGCCGACUGUUCCCACAGCUCUCUGUUCAGCUGCAGGAUCUGGUGGCCCUCGUCCGAGGGAAGCUGUCUAGGAUGCAGAGAGCUGUGCUGUCAGCACUCAUUGUCAUUGAGGUCCAUGCUAAGGAUGUGGCUGCCAGACUGAUAGAUGAGAAUGUGGUCAGUGUGAAUGACUUUGAGUGGAUCUCCCAGCUAAGGUACUACUGGACCACGAACGACUUGUACAUCCGUGCAGUCAAUGCUGAAUUCAUCUAUGGCUAUGAGUAUCUGGGCAAUAGUGGGCGCCUGGUGAUUACCCCCCUCACAGACAGGUGUUAUCUGACUUUGACUGGGGCAUUGCACCUCAAAUUUGGGGGUGCGCCUGCUGGCCCAGCAGGGACUGGGAAGACAGAAACAACCAAGGACCUGGGGAAAGCCUUGGCCAUCCAGACAGUGGUGUUCAACUGCUCUGACCAGCUGGACUUCAUGGCUAUGGGCAAGUUCUUCAAAGGUCUCGCUAGCUCCGGGGCCUGGGCUUGCUUUGACGAAUUUAACCGCAUUGAUGUGGAGGUGCUGUCUGUGGUGGCUCAGCAGAUCACAACCAUUCAGAAAGCUCAGCAGCAGAGAGUAGAUCGAUUCAUGUUUGAAGGAGUUGAAAUCCCACUCGUCCCCUCGUGUGCUGUGUUCAUCACUAUGAACCCAGGCUAUGCUGGACGCACUGAGUUACCUGACAACUUGAAGGCUCUCUUCAGACCUGUGGCAAUGAUGGUUCCAGACUACACCAUGAUUGCUGAGAUCUCUCUCUACUCCUUUGGGUUCAGCGAUGCCAAAGUCCUGGCCAAGAAGAUCACCACAACAUUCAAGCUGUCAUCUGAGCAACUUAGUUCCCAGGAUCAUUAUGACUUUGGGAUGAGAGCUGUGAAGACCGUUAUCUCUGCAGCUGGCAAUCUGAAGCGGGAGAACCCAACUAUGAAUGAAGAGCUGAUCUGCCUCCACGCCAUUCGGGAUGUGAACGUGCCCAAGUUCCUGCAAGAUGAUCUCAAGCUCUUUUCAGGCAUUGUGUCUGAUUUGUUCCCUAACAUCAAGGAGGAUAGCAUAGAUUAUGGUAUCCUGGACCAAGCGAUCCGCCAGGCCUGCUUACAGGACAAUCUGAAAGAUGUAGACGGCUUUCUAACCAAAUGUAUCCAACUGUAUGAGACCACGGUGGUGCGCCAUGGUCUCAUGCUUGUGGGACCUGCUGGCUCUGGAAAGACCAAGUGUUACAAGGUCUUGGCAGCUGCAAUGACAUCCCUGAAAGGCAAGCCUUCCAUUAGUGGUGGCGUGUAUGAGGCUGUCAGUUACUAUGUCCUCAAUCCCAAAUCCAUCACCAUGGGUCAGCUGUAUGGGGAAUUUGACUUGCUAACACAUGAAUGGACCGAUGGGAUUUUUGCCUCUCUCAUCCGGAAAGGGGCCGUUUCCACUGGCACAGACAAGAAAUGGUACAUGUUUGAUGGUCCCGUGGAUGCAGUUUGGAUUGAGAACAUGAACACUGUGCUGGAUGACAACAAGAAGCUGUGCCUCAGCUCUGGGGAAAUCAUCAAACUCACUGAGUCAAUGACCAUGAUGUUUGAAGUCCAGGACCUGGCGGUCGCCUCUCCAGCCACUGUGUCCCGCUGUGGCAUGGUUUACUUAGAGCCCAGCAUCCUAGGAAUCAUGCCCUUCACCGAAUGCUGGCUGAGGAAGAUCCCCAGCCUCAUGAUGCCUUUCCAGGAGAAGUUUGAGAGCCUGUUCCAGAGGUUUCUGGAGGAGUCCAUUGAGUUUGUCCGAGUGUCAGUGAAGGAAGUGAUUGCCUCCACAAACAGCAACCUGACCAUGAGCCUUCUCAAGAUCAUGGACUGCUUCUUCAAGCCGUUUCUGCCGAGGGAGGGUGUCAAGAAAUUCCCUCAUGAGAAGCUGAUUCGAAUCCCAGAGCUGGUAGAGCCGUGGUUCAUCUUCUCCUUGAUAUGGAGUGUGGGAGCCACAGGAGAUGCGAGCAGCCGCAGGGCCUUCAGCGGGUGGCUCAGGGCAAAGAUGACAAUGGAAGAGAUAGGCUUGCUCUUCCCAGAAGAUGGCUUGGUGUUUGAUUACCGUCUAGAUGACUGUGGCAUCAGUAACGUGGAGGAUUUUGAUGAGGAGGAAGAUGAAAAAAAAGAGGUGAGCUGGGUGAAGUGGAUGGAUAUAUCAGCACCGUUUACCAUGGCUCCUGAUACCAGCUAUUCCAACAUCAUUGUGCCCACAAUGGACACUGUCCAGAUGUCUUUCCUCCUAGGGAUGCUCCUCACCAAUAAGAAACCAGUCCUGUGCAUUGGGCCCACGGGCACGGGAAAGACGAUCACAAUUUUGGACAAGCUUCUCAAGAACUUGCCUUUGGAAUACAUCACCCACUUUAUGACAUUUUCAGCCCGCACCUCAGCCAAUCAAACCCAGGACCUCAUUGACAGCAAGCUAGAUAAAAGGCGAAAGGGGGUGUUUGGGCCCCCCUUAGGCCGCUACUUCAUAUUUUUCAUUGAUGACCUGAACAUGCCUGCUCUGGAGACCUAUGGAGCCCAGCCCCCCAUUGAACUCUUACGCCAGUGGAUGGACCACGGGGGCUGGUAUGACCGGAAGAUGAUUGGUAUGUUCAAACGCCUGGUGGACAUUAACUUUGUCUGUGCCAUGGGACCACCUGGUGGGGGCCGGAAUGCCAUCACUCCCCGCCUCACCCACCAUUUCAAUUACCUCUCCUUCAUUGAGAUGGAUGACAUGAGCAAGAAACGCAUCUUCUCUACCAUUCUAAGGAGCUGGAUGGCUGGACUCCUCGGAGAAAAGAGUUACAGAGACCCUGUACCGGGAGCCCCUGCAGUGACAGACUUGAACGAGCCCCUUGUGGGAGCUACCAUCCAGGUAUAUGCCACCAUCACCUCUCAGCUCCUGCCCACUCCAGCCAAGUGCCACUACACUUUUAACCUGAGGGACCUCUCCAAAGUCUUCCAGGGCAUGCUCAUGGCUGAGCCCUCCAAAAUCCAGGACAAGGUCCAGCUGCUGAGACUGUGGUACCAUGAGAGCUGUCGGGUGUUCCGGGACCGUCUAGUUAAUGAUGAGGAUCGGAACUGGUUUGACAAGCUCAUGGAAAGCAAGAUGGUGCUGUGGGAUACCUCCUUCUUCGAGGUCUGCCCCUAUCAGCCCAUCUUGUAUGGAGACUUCAUGAUGCCAGGGUCCGACACUAGGAUUUAUGAACUGAUCAUCGACCAUGAGAAGAUGCAGCAUGUGAUUGAGGAGUACAUGGAAGACUAUAACCAGAUCAACACGGCCAAGAUGAAGCUGGUGCUCUUCAUGGAUGCCAUGAGCCACAUCUGCCGCAUCAGCCGCAUCCUGCGCCAGUCGCUAGGGAAUGCCCUCCUCUUGGGUGUGGGAGGCAGUGGCCGCAACUCCCUCACGCGGCUUGCCUCUCACAUGGCUGAGUACGAAUGCUUCCAGAUUGAGUUGUCUAAGAACUAUGGGAUGUCUGAGUGGCGUGAGGAUGUCAAGAAGAUCCUGCUGAAGGCUGGGCUGCAAAAGCUCCCUGUCACCUUCCUGUUUUCUGACACACAGAUUAAAAACGAAUCAUUCUUGGAGGACAUCAACAACGUCCUGAACUCUGGGGACAUUCCCAACCUGUACUCCCUUGAUGAGCAAGACCAGAUCCUCACCAGUAUGCGGCCUCUUAUUCAGGAGCUGGGGCUGCAGCCUACCAAAGCCAACCUGAUGGCUGCCUACACAGGCUUUGUGCGAAGCAACAUUCACAUGGUGCUGUGUAUGAGCCCUAUUGGAGAGGUCUUUCGAGCCCGCCUGAGACAGUUUCCCUCAUUGGUCAACUGCUGUACUAUUGACUGGUUCAAUGAGUGGCCAUCUGAAGCCCUGGAGUCUGUGGCUUCCAGAUUUCUGAAGGAGAUCCCUGAGCUGGACAACACAAAUGAGGAAGGCCUGAUCCAGGUGUGUGUCCGCAUCCACCAGUCUGUGGCCAAAAAAUGCAUUGAAUACCUAGCCGAGCUGUCCCGUCACAAUUAUGUCACUCCCAAGAGCUACCUGGAGCUACUGAACAUCUUCUCUUCCCUGAUUGGACGCAAGAAACAGGAGCUAAAGACAGCCAAACACCGGAUGAAAAGUGGCUUAGAUAAGCUGCUCCGAACUUCAGAGGAUGUGGCCAGGAUGCAGGAAGAGCUGGAAAUCAUGCGCCCCUUGCUGGAAGAAGCUGCCAAAGACACCGUGGCCACCAUGGAGCAGAUAAAGGCUGACACAGCUAUAGCGGAGGACACACGGAAUGCCGUGCAGGCAGAGGAGAUGAAAGCCAACGAGAAGGCCAGGAAAGCCCAGGCCAUUGCCGAUGAUGCCCAGAAGGACCUGGAUGAAGCUCUCCCAGCCCUCGAUGCUGCCCUGGCUAGCCUGAGGAACCUUAACAAGAACGACGUGACUGAGGUUCGUGCAAUGCAGCGACCACCGCCAGGAGUGAAAUUGGUCAUAGAAGCUGUCUGCAUCAUGAAGGGGAUUAAGCCCAAAAAGGUGCCUGGAGAAAAGCCAGGCUCAAAGGUCGAUGACUACUGGGAGCCUGGCAAGGGGCUGCUUCAGGACCCAGGCAAGUUCCUUGAGAGCCUCUUCAAGUUUGACAAGGACAACAUUGCUGACUCUGUGAUUAAAGCCAUCCAGCCCUACAUCGACAAUGAUGAAUUUCAGCCCGCAGCCAUUGCCAAAGUGUCCAAGGCAUGCACGUCUAUCUGCCAGUGGGUGCGAGCCAUGCACAAGUACCACUUUGUAGCCAAGGCUGUGGAGCCAAAGAGGCAAGCCCUGCGUGAGGCCCAGGAAGACCUGGACACAACUCAGAAGAUCCUGGAUAUUGCAAAAAAUAAGCUUCAAGAAGUGGAGGAUGGCAUCUCCACCCUCCAGACCAAGUACCGAGACUGCAUUGCCAAGAAGGAAGAGCUGGAGAUGAAGUGUGAACAGUGCGAGCAAAGGAUGGGCCGUGCUGACAAGCUGAUCAAUGGACUGGCUGAUGAAAAGGUGCGCUGGCAAGAGACAGUUGCAAACCUAGAUUACCUGAUCAACAAUAUCUAUGGUGACAUCCUGAUGGCAGCUGGCUUUGUGGCCUACCUUGGGCCCUUCACGGGGCACUACCGGACAUCACUGUGUGAGCUGUGGUUAGGACAGCUCUCAAAAUUUGAGGUCCCCCAUACUGCAGAACCGACCCUGAUUGGGACACUGGGGAAUCCAGUGAAGAUUCGGUCAUGGCAGAUUGCAGGCCUCCCCAAUGACACCCUGUCAGUGGAGAAUGGUGUCAUCACACAAUAUUCUCAGCGCUGGACCCAUUUCAUUGACCCCCAGGGACAGGCCAACAAGUGGAUCAAGAACCUGGAGAAGGAUAAUGGUUUGGAUGUAUUUAAGCUGAGUGACCGGGACUUCCUGCGCAGCAUGGAAAAUGCCAUCCGUUUUGGGAAGCCGUGUCUGUUGGAAAAUGUUGGGGAAGAGCUUGACCCAGCUCUGGAACCCGUGCUCCUGAAGCAGACAUACAAGCAGCAGGGCAAUGUUGUUCUGAAGCUUGGGGACAGCGUCAUCCCUUACCAUGAAGACUUCAGGAUGUACAUCACCACCAAGUUGCCCAAUCCCCACUACACGCCUGAGAUCUCUACCAAGCUCACGCUCAUCAAUUUCACCCUCUCGCCCAGUGGCCUGGAGGAUCAGCUUCUGGGCCAGGUGGUGGCUGAGGAACGGCCUGACCUAGAGGAUGCCAAGAACCAGUUGAUUGUCAGCAACGCAAAGAUGAGGAAGGAGCUGAAGGACAUUGAGGACCAGAUCCUCUACCGGCUUAGCUCCUCGGAGGGGAACCCUGUUGAUGACAAGGAACUCAUAAAGGUUCUGGAAGCCUCCAAGAUGAAGGCUGGGGAAAUCCAGGCCAAGGUGAGGAUUGCCGAGCAGACAGAGAAGGACAUUGACCUUACCCGCAUGGAAUAUGUCCCAGUGGCUGUCCGCACUCAGAUCCUCUUCUUCUGUGUAUCUGACCUUUCCAAUGUGGACCCCAUGUACCAGUACUCCCUGGAGUGGUUCCUCAACAUCUUCCUCUCUGGCAUCUCCAACUCGGAGAGGGCAGACACCCUGAAGAAGCGGAUUGCAAACAUCAACAAGUACUUGACCUUCAGCCUCUACAGUAAUGUCUGCCGCAGCCUCUUUGAGAAACACAAGCUCAUGUUUGCCUUUCUCCUGUGUGUACGGAUCAUGAUGCAUGAAGGGAAGAUUGACCCAGGGGAGUGGCAUUAUCUCCUCUCAGGGGGCUCCAUCCGGGAUGUCAUUGAGAACCCAGCAGUGGACUGGCUCUCAGACAGGGCAUGGCGGGACAUACUGGCCCUCACCAACCUUCACAACUUCUCCGCCUUAGCAAAGGACUUUGUCGUUCACAUAGAUGACUUUCGUAGGAUCUUUGACAGCGUCGAGCCCCACCGGGAGCCCCUGCCAGGCAUGUGGGAAGAGCGUUUAGACCAGUUCCAGAAGCUGCUGAUUCUGCGUUGCCUCCGAGGUGACAAGGUCACUAAUGCCAUGCAGGACUUUGUGGCCAUCAACCUGGAGCCACGCUUCAUUGAGCCGCAGACAGCCAACCUCUUUGCCGUGUUCAAAGAUUCGAAUUCCACCACCCCACUGAUAUUUGUGUUGUCCCCGGGGACAGACCCAGCUGCUGACCUCUACAAGUUUGCUGAGGAGAUGAAGUUCUCCAAGAAGCUCACAGCCAUUUCCCUGGGUCAGGGACAGGGUCCUGUAGCCGAGGCCAUGAUGCAGAGCUCCAUGGAGAGAGGCAAGUGGGUCUUCUUUCAGAACUGCCACCUGGCCCCCAGCUGGAUGCCAUCCCUGGAGAGACUCAUUGAGCAUAUCAACCCUGACAAGGUACACCGGGACUUUCGUCUUUGGCUCACCAGCUUACCUAGUAACAAGUUCCCAGUGUCCAUCCUCCAGAAUGGCUCCAAGAUGACCAUUGAGCCCCCUCGGGGGGUGAAGGCCAACCUCCUAAAGUCAUACAGUAGCCUCAACGAUGACUUCUUGAACUCCUGCCACAAGCAGUCUGAGUUCAAGUGUCUGCUUCUUUCACUGUGCCUAUUCCAUGGGAAUGCAUUGGAGCGGAGGAAGUUUGGGCCUCUGGGCUUCAACAUUCCCUAUGAGUUCACGGAUGGAGACCUGCGUAUCUGCACCAGCCAGCUGAAAAUGUUCCUGGAUGAGUAUGAGGAAAUCCCCUACAAGGUCCUCAAGUACACAGCAGGCGAGAUCAACUAUGGGGGCCGCGUGACUGACGACUGGGACCGUCGCUGCAUCAUGAACAUCCUAGAAGACUUCUACAACCCCGCGGUCCUGGAGCCCGAGCACGUCUACUCUGAAUCUGGCAUAUACCACCAGAUCAACCCCACCUAUGAUAUCAAUGGCUACCUGCAAUACAUCAAGAGCCUUCCGCUCAAUGACAUCCCCGAAAUCUUUGGCCUGCACGACAACGCCAACAUCACCUUUGCGCAGAACGAGACCUUUGCCCUCCUCAACGCCAUCAUUCAGCUGCAGCCCAAAUCGGCCUCCACAGGCGGCCUGAGCAGAGAAGAGAUUGUGGAGGAUGUUGCUGGGAGCAUCCUGCUGAAGAUCCCAGAUCCCAUCGACGUGCACCAAGUGAUGGUAAAAUACCCUGUGCUCUACGAAGAAUCCAUGAACACGGUCCUUGUGCAGGAAGUGAUCAGAUACAACAAGCUACUGGUCGUGAUCACGGGAUCUCUCAAGGACGUGCUCAAGGCAUUGAAGGGACUGGUGGUGAUGUCCUCACAGUUGGAGCUUAUGUCCACCAGCCUAUACAACAAUGCUGUACCAGAGAUCUGGAAGGGCAAAGCCUAUCCUUCACUCAAGCCUCUGUCUUCUUGGGUCAUGGACCUGCUGCAGCGGAUUGACUUUGUGAAGAGGUGGAUCCAGAAUGGGAUCCCACCUGUUUUCUGGAUCAGUGGCUUCUUCUUCCCACAAGCCUUCCUGACGGGGACUUUGCAGAACUACGCCAGAAAGCGUGUCAUCUCCAUUGAUACCAUCUCCUUCGAAUUCAAGGUAAUAGGGAAGCCACUGAGUGAGCUGACCAUAAGGCCAGAAGUGGGCUGCUUCAUCCACGGCCUGUUCCUGGAGGGGGCACGCUGGGACCCUGAUAGGUUCUUCUUGGCCGAGUCUCGGCCCAAGGAACUCUACACAGAGAUGGCUGUCAUCUGGCUGGUCCCUAUGCCCAACCGCAAAGCCCCAACUAGAGGCUUCUAUGUAUGCCCCAUUUACAAGACUCUGACUCGAGCUGGUACGCUGUCCACCACUGGCCAUUCCACCAACUACAUCAUAGCUGUGGAGAUCCCCACUGACAAGAGUCAGAGACACUGGAUCAAGCGAGGUGUAGCCCUCAUCUGUGCUCUAGACUAUUAGGCCCAUGAGGGCCAAGCAGGUCUCCACCUAGGCUCUUAGCCCAGGCCAAGGCUGCAGUCCCCCAGAGCUGGCUCUACCAGUUGCCCCUUACUCAGGAGAGCCCAGAGCUGCAUUCUGGAGCAGUAAGGAGCCUGUGGCCCACAG